AAUCCACCAGGACGCUGAUAAGCUAGUGCAGGCUCAAACAGGUAAGAUGGCUGUCGGAUCUAGGACGGUCGUCAUAUCUCUUGCUGGUGCGGCAUUACUUGCUGUUGUAGUUCUAUAUAUUACCCAGGAUCAGAUCGGAUACACAAAGAACACCAUCAUGCGGAUGAUUUCAAGUGAAGUGUCUACACAGAUGAAAGGCGCUGUGGAGCACCUUAAUGAGAACAAGGAUCCUUUAAAGAUUACAGAGUGGUGGCAGGCUUCUUCCCUCUUAAAGUGGGACUGGGAGAAACCCCCGGAGUACACAUGCAGUAAGAUUGAGAAGAAGGGCAACUGGCACAUAUGUAACGAUAAAACCUUUGAGGUCAAACCACCGUGUCUUGUCUAUUCCUUUGGGAUUUGGACUGACUGGUCUUUUGAUGAUGCAAUGGGAACCGUAGAUUGUGAAGUUCAUUCUUUUGAUCCGAGUAUUGGAAAGACGUCGUUCAACAGAAGCAAGAAUGUCCACUUCCAUGACCUGGGCCUCUCUGGGAAUGACAGCGAUACAUAUGUUCCUACUAAGGACAUAUACGUCAAAACGACAACAACUUGGAAAAUCAGACGCCUCAAGACUAUCAUGGAGAUGCUUGGUCAUACAAAUAGACACCUUGAUGUUCUGAAGAUUGACAUAGAAACAAGCGAAUGGCCGGCGGUGAAGGACAUUGCGGCAUCUGGACUUUUCUCCAAAGUCAGACAGUUUGGUGUGGAGUGGCAUCUCUUUCCGACAUAUCCUAACAAAUCUGAAUACUUAGGCUUUUAUGCAGGCGUCAUGGCCAUGAAGAAGCAGGGAUUACGGACAUUCAGAGCUGAUUUCCAUAACAGAAACUACGCAGAAAAGACGUUCCGUUUCCAGGCAGAUGUUAACUAUGUUAAUAUAUUGUAUAAAGGCACUUAACACUGUAUUGUGUUCGAAAGACACACACGUGUGUGUGUGUGUGUGUGUGUGUGUGUGUGUGUGUUUGAGUAGUAUAUAUACUGAACAGCAAAA